GAGUCAAAGGUGGGCGCCUAGUUACGUCACGAGUCAAAGGGGGGAUUUGAAGGGGGUUCCCACUCCCCUUGGAGGAUGCUCCUCAGAAGAAACCAGUCUUUUUUCUCAGCGCAACGUAAUGACCGUUAGCGGCCAGAUAAAGCGAUGCGGUGAGGGGCAAAAGAUCAUUUAACGCCGAACCACUCUGCUAUGAAAAACUGGGCCAGGAAGAUUUCUCUCUCUAGUCUGGAAUUCGAUACUCCCUAUUUAGAGAAUCACUUUUGCUCUUGCGGAGGACUAGACGGUCUCCUUCACGGUUGAAAAAGAUCAGAAGAGCGGACAGCGUGGGAAGUUUUUCUUUAUUUUAUUUAUUCGCUAUAUUUCAAAAGAACAUUUGCAAGUUAUUUUAUUUUAAAUUAUCGUUUGCAAGAAAAAAAAAUCACAGGGAAGAAAAUUUUUUUAUUUUGAUAAAAGUGGAUGAAAAUCAAUUUGACAAGAAUAUCGUUUGCUUAAUAUUUAUUAAAGCUGAAACUGAUCAUUUCUUUUUGAAUUAUCGUUUGGACAAUAGCCAGCUGAAGACUUUCAACAUUCAUGCAGAUUGAAAUAUCUAUUAAGUUUAUUUGUUCCACAAAUUUUCAAAUAUGUGUUAGCAGUUAUAAGCAAUUAAAGAAUAUUUUUAUUUAAAACUGUUUUUUUGAAAAAAAGAAAGAAAAAAGAUAUGAAAUCUUAAAUAAAAAACUGGAAGGACAAACUAUUCUUCACUUCAGUUACAAAAGCGAAACUACCAAACGAUUUGUGAAGCUCAUCUAAAUGGCACGUAAUGAAGAAAUAUCCAUUAUGAUUCCAGAACAAUACAAUAGUUCCUCAUCCGGAAGCUUAUCUAGCCCGCCGGUCGACCUGAUAGCCAACCAGUUGAAAACAGAACCUCCCCCGCACCGACUGUUGCUGCCAUUGGAUCGCGUGGGCGGAGUAUCCAACGAGCCGAUUGGACCAAAAAGACGCACAAGGAGGGGAGGUCAACCACGUACGCCCCAGCAGCAAGCCAGAUCAGUGGCAAGAAGAAAUGCGCGUGAGAGAAAAAGGGUUCGGUUGGUCAAUCUCGGAUUCUCUGCCCUUAGAGAUCACAUUCCGCCCCAUUUAGGAGUGUCAUCGUCACCGGAGCAAUCUCCGAAAAACCGGGGCUCAAGUUCAUCUUCAUCAGCCAAUAAAAAACUGAGUAAAGUUGAGACUCUGAGGGCUGCGAUUGAGUACAUCAAACAAUUGAGAGAUGCUAUAGGUUAUGACGACAAGGACAGUGCAGGGGCUUCUAUUGACGAUUUUUCCUCAUCACCACCCCCUGAUACAUCGUCAUCUCCUUCCUACUGCACAACACCUUCACCAGUUGUCAUGUUGUUGGACUCAGGCAGCAGCACACCUAUGUUCGAAGAUGACGAAAAUGACGAUUUCUUUAGUAUUAUGGACUGGACUACCUUAUAACGAGAGUUCUUAUCUACGUCUGUAUAUAUGUAAAUGGUUUGUAAAAAAAAAGUGAUUCGAGGAACAAGAGAAGCAAUAUUUCACCGUGCCAAUAAACAUUUCUAGUCAUCAUAAUGAAGAACACAUUACUGAAUUAACAACUCUCGUUUCUGGAAACAAGUUGCAAUUUUAACUCAAGGAUUUAUGUCUGUUUGUGAAACCUUUUCUGUUCUGUGUUUGAUAAUUUUGUAUUAUUUUCUUUUUUUUAAUAUUUUAUUGGAAUGAAACAUGGAAAAAAUAAUAAAAUAGAUGA